GCGCAUCUGGUAAAACCUACCGUCCUAGCAGGCAGCACAGCUGGCCCACCUCUACGAGUGCGCUCCCGUCGCCUGGGGCGGUGCCCUGACCGCGGCCCGGGUCAGCUGAGCGCGCCGCCCGCCUCAGUCGGUGGCCCGGCGGUCGGUGGGGAGCGGCUGUGCGCGGCUCCGGUCGGUCUCUGCGGUGGACACGGGUCGCCCGCGACUACACCGACCCUCCGGACACUCAGGACGCGCGCUCUGGAGGCGGCCACCCUGGGGAGCUCACCCGGAACGUCAUCGUCUUCUCCGUCCGUCUCGAACGCCGCCAGCCUGGGUCUCCCGGCCGAGUCGGAGGGCUCUCCGCUGACGCCGGCGGCUGUCGAUCGGCGCCGCUCUCCGCACACACCGCGGCAGCACCGUCUCUCGGUGAUGAUCGAGGAGCCGGACAGCCGGUGGAGGAUGUCGGAGCGGCGCAUCUUCUGCCUGUCGCUGACGGUGCUGCUGAUGCUGCUGCUGGUGGGUCUGCUGGUCGGCAUGGUGACCUGGUACCGCACCCAGUCGGACGCGCAGCUGGCGAUGGCCGAGCAGCAGCGGCUCUGGCGGGGCCGCCUCCUCCAGUGUCAGCAAGGUCGCCGGUCGGCCGAGACCCGUCUGGUGGCCGCUGCCUCUCGCGUCGGCUCCCUGUUCGAGGAGGGCUCGCCUUACCACCGAGCCGCGCUGCAGGGCCUCCGGGACGCCAACGCACGCGCCAGCGUGGGCCGGCCGCUGCUGCAGGCGGCCGCGCCGGACGGAGGCGGCGACCAGGGACCGCCGGCCCUCUCCAACGUCACUCUCGUCAGCGCCAACGUGUCCGCCACGGGCGACACUCUGGCUGCUGUCCAGCAGCUGUACGCGGACGGGGUGCGGCUGUUUAUCGGGUUCCCGGACAGCGACGAGCUGCUGCGCGCCGUGCAGUGGGCCUCGCAGCACGCGCCCGACGCCGUGCUCGUCUCGCCGACGGCCACGGCCGGUGACCUGCAGUCGGACUCGGGCAAUCCGCUGCUGCUCAGUCUGGGGGACGCGGCGCUGGCGGCGGCGCUGCUCUGCCUGCUGCGCCAGCGCUCUGUCCGGCACCUGGUGCCCGUGGCGGCCGACACCACCUACGGCCGCAGCGUGGUCGAGGAGCUGCGCCGCGCCGCGCUGUUCGACGGCGCCGCCACGGCCGUCACCGAGCCGGUCUGGUACCGGCCGGCCGACGCGGCGGCGGCCGCCGGCCGCGGCGCCGUCAUCCGGGCGGCGGCCGACGCGGUGUCCGCGCUGGCGGCGCCGCCGGCCACCGUCGGCCUGCUGUUCGUCUCCGGCGCCGAGAUGCGCCACUUCCUGGAGGAGGGCGGCUGGGACUCGCGGCUCUCGGCCGCCCAGUGGUUCGGCACCGACUCGGUGGCGCUGCGGGACGACAUCCUGGCCUCGCCGGCGGCCCGCGCGGCGGCCGUCCGCGUCAAACUGACGGCGCUCAUCUACUCCGGGGCGGACGCGGCCAGCGCGGCCGAGCAGUGGGCCGUGCUGCGCCGGCUGACCACGGGCGCGCAGCAGCCGGCGCCCAGCGUGCUGCGCGCCUACGACGGCGCCGCCCUGCUGGCCGAGCUGGGACACCUGCUGCUCGGCCACGGCAACACGACCGGCGCGCUGGCCGCGCUGCGGGCCUCCGUGCGCGCGGGCGUCACCGGCGCCGCCGCCGUCAGGGACGGCUCGCGCCGCGCCGGCGGACGGUUCGCCGUGACCCGGGUAGUGGCGCGCGCGGACCUGGAGCGCGAGCUGCUAGCGGCGCCGGACGCCGGCCCGGCGCUGUGGGCGGUGACUGGCCAGGUGCGGAUCGAGGCGGACCCGCAGCAGGGCGCCUACCUGGGCCGCAUGGUGCUGAGCUCGGCCGGCGCCGGCCUGCACCUGGUGCGCCGCAGCGACGUGCGCGCCCUGUACGCGGCGCUGGGCGGCUGCGGCGGCGACGGCCUGCAGCUGACGGCCACUGCGCCGGCCGGCGCCGCCGAGCUGAGCGCGGCCCGGCGCGCCGCCGAGCUGCCCGAGCGGCUGCUGGUGUCUGCCGCCCGGCCGGCGCGGCUCGAGCUGCACUGCGCCGCCUCCGAGUCGGGCCUGCUGCACCUCAGCCUCCGCUGUCCGGCCGUCCAGCUGCCCGGCGCCGACACCGUGUUCUGCCUGGCGCAGUACUACCGCCUGGUGGGCGCCAACGUCACCAGAGCCUCUGCGUCGGCCGUGCGGUGGCGCCACGAGCGGCGGCUGGUGGGCUGCGGGGCGGCGCCGGCCGAGUGUCUGGACCGGCCCUGCCGGGAGCAGCGCUCCUGUAUCACCGCGCUCACUGACGAGCUCGGCACGUGGCUCAAGGAGUGAGGCACUGCCGGCUCCACGGAGGGCCAAAACUGACGGCCCACGUCGACAAGCCGGCUGGACGGCGACAAUGUUGACCGCCAUCUUUAAAUUGUUUAAAUGUACCGGAUUGUUAGUGCUGUAUUACAAUAUCAACUCGAAUAAAUAUACACCUUGAAACUCA